GACUACAAAUGUAAAAAAAAAGAAUGUUGUGGAAUGGUAGUUCAGUGAGGAAGAAAACCAAACAGCAAGCCUUGAUGAAAAUUGGGGUGUUUGUGAAGGUGCUGAUCAAACUGUUUCAAUUGUCCACAUUGUAAUCAAUCGAGCGCAAAAUCCUGUGAAAAGCCGUUUUGCACGGUUUGCUUCCUGGAAUCUUUGGACGCAAAAUUUGAGGAUACAUCUACGAAAUGUCGACAAGUGCCGGGUCAAGCAGCACUGGUAACGGUGGCGGAAGUGGUGGCAGUAGCAGUAACAGUGAUGGAAAUAACAGUGCCGGAGGACGCCGUAAUGGCAAUGGGAGUGGAACAGCUACUGGAGCAGAAGCGACGGUACCGAAACCUGAAACAAAGGAAACAAAAUCAAAUCCCAAAAUAUCGAAAGCCUUAGGAACUUCUGCUAAACGAAUUCAGAAAGAAUUGGCGGAAAUUACGCUAGAUCCUCCUCCAAAUUGCAGUGCUGGACCGAAGGGUGAUAACCUCUAUGAAUGGGUUUCCACCAUUCUCGGUCCACCCGGAUCAGUUUACGAAGGUGGCGUGUUUUUCUUGGAUAUACACUUUUCGCCAGAGUAUCCUUUCAAACCACCCAAGGUAACAUUCCGCACUAGGAUAUAUCAUUGCAACAUAAACAGUCAAGGUGUCAUCUGCUUGGAUAUUUUAAAAGAUAACUGGUCACCAGCAUUGACCAUAUCAAAAGUCUUGCUAUCGAUUUGUUCCCUGCUGACAGACUGUAAUCCGGCUGAUCCGCUAGUUGGAAGCAUUGCGACUCAAUAUCUGCAAAAUAGAGAAGAGCACGACAGAAUUGCUCGUCUGUGGACAAAACGAUAUGCUACGUGAUUUCAUUACUCUGGAGGUCUGUAUAUUUUUACGCGCAAUCGAUACUAAUUUAUGAAUCUAUUCGUAACAACAAAAUCAACCCUACAAUGUACUUCGCAAAGCUAAACGCAUCAUAGCCCGACUCAGUAAAACAUAAUAAAAUAGAACGACGCACUUGUUGGUGCAAUCAGACAGAGAGAGAGCGAGAAAAGGAGGGAAAUAGAGAGAGAGCGAGUGAGCGUGGUUACGUUUGAUGAGAAAAUAACUAUUUGCUGCAAAUUCUUUCUUGCGGAUUAUUAUUGAUGAACGAUGAACAAAACUUAAUAUUGAUGGAAAAGUUUCAAAAUUGAUUUUACGGAAGCAAUGUAAACGGUUUGACAAGCCUAAUACCGUAAUACAAAUGAAGUCGUUGCGGAAUCCGUUGAAAGGUAAUUCAUAAAAUAGUUUUAGACUGAGCAUCACUCGUAAGUGAUAUGCUGUAUGAUUUAUUUUUUUACUUCAACGCAUUGAACCAAUAGCGCAACAAAGAUACGAAGUAAUGAAAAAUGUUUUCAGUCUCAUUUAAGUGAAAUAAAUUUGAUUUACAUAAGCAAAAGUACCAAGUUUAGAUAAAGCCUGCCGAAAGUUACGAUUUGUUCACUUAAGUAAGUCAAUCCGCUAAUACCUAGCAAAUAAUAAUGAUAUAAUUCAAAGGCAUCCCUAUUGCAUCAAGACGCAAAGAAAUCAACUUUCCGAUGACUAAUAUAAUUAUUGCGAUACAUAUAGAGAUGGAUUUUUUUUCUUAUUUUUUUCCCCGACGAGUAGGGUUAAACCAACCUUAUUCUAAACCAUGAAGUAGAAUCAGUACUGUGAUUACCAUCAUAAAGUUAACUUAAUUAAAUGAUUUUGGAUGAGUAUUUUACUGGGGACGUUAACACACUUGGUAACACUAAUUCAUUCGUUUACAUUGAGCUAUUUUUUUAAGCACCAUAGAACACGCAUAAGAUAUGGCGCAAACCAGGUUCAUUUUUGAAAAUAAUUAAAAUAAAAGUGUGCUAGAAAGGCAUAUACAUACGGUCAGAAGAAAUCAGAAGUAACACUAGUUAAGAUUUAGUUUGUUAUAAUUGAGAUGAUGCAUCGAACUCGAUCUCACUGUAAAUUUACUUUAAAAAAACGGAAUAUGUUCUUUUUAAAGUUUCAGUAGUAGUAAAGUUUUAUUUGAUUCGUGUUCAUGUUUCACGCUGAUACAUAGAUGCGAUAGUAUCUGUACGUAACACAUGGUGACAAACGCCAUGCGUUAAUUGCAUCUUAAUCGUACGCAAUUAAUUUAAUCUUCCGUUCUUGGUAACAUUUAUAGUGUUUAGUUAGUAAUAGACUAAUAAUUUACAAAAUAAAAAGAAAGGAAAUCACGAAGCAGCUAUGUUUAGCACGACCAGUGCCGAAUGGGAAAACAUUUAAUUUGAAAUUUUUAUAUCCAUUGACUAAUUUGAGUGUUGUAUUAAGUCAAUAAACAAAUCCUAGAAGAAAAUGCAAACCAA